UGGUUUAUCAGUGAAGCAGGAAGAGAAGCAGAGUUAGAAACCAUCAGCAGCUCAGGAUGAAGGUUCGUCUCACGCUGAUCUGCCUCUUCUUCCUCACAGCUCUGCAGGAUGGAGAAACUAUGAGAACCUACACAGAAAAUGAAGAAGGAAACAUCACAGUUAGAUGUGAAUUUCGUUACUCUGGAGGGAAAAGGUUCCUUUGUAAGGAAACUUGUGAAGGAAAAAAUAUUCUCAUUGUAACAACUAAAGAUAAAGAUCAGAGAGGCAGAUUCAGCAUCAGAUAUGAAAGAAGAAAUAUUUUUUCAUUUGAUUUUCUACAUGUGAGCAUCACAGAUCUGAAACCGUCAGACUCAGGACGGUACCGGUGUCGCUCCGAUGAAACCUUAGAUGGAACUCUAUACGAUAAUUUUUAUCUUGUUGUGAUUGAAGCUUCUACCACAACCGCAACAACGACAUCAAGAAGAACAACAGCAGCAGCAACAGCAGCAACAACAGCAACAGCAGCAACUCAGAAUCUGCAGCUUUAUGUGGUUUUGUCUUUGGUCGUCAAGAUCAUCUUGUUAUCAACGCCUUUGGUUAUUUUCUGCAGAAAGAGGAGAACCAUGAAAAGCAAAGAUUCUGCUGUGGAAACAGAGAAUGAUGGCGUCAACCACGAGUGUCUGAAUAUUUAUGAAACACCACCAGAGUUUCUUUAGUGUUUUAAAAAUCGCCUCAGUGAAACAACUCAGAGGAGAAACCAGAGAGGACGACAAACAGAUUAAAUCUAAUCAAUUAUCUUCAGUUUCAACUUAAACUAAAAUAUUAUUUAUAUGUUUUCAUACUGAAAUAAUUCAAUCUGUAUCAGAAUUUACAAAUCAAAUGUUCAUUUCUGCUUUCAUGAGUUUACAUGUGUCAUUUUUAGACAUGCCAUCCCUAAUUUAAGAUAAUUUAUAACAUUAUAGCUGCUUACCAAGUAGAAACAUUGAGAACUUUCCGGUUAUUUUAUACUUUUAUCUUUAAAUCUGUUUGUAUGGAGUGAUUUUCUGCUUUUUGUAAAUAAAUGCAAUUUUUUUUACA